AUGGGCUCUGUUUUCCGCCACGCCGCUCGCCAGUGGCGCCGCACGGUCCACGCCAAUGGCCGCCGCCUUACGACGGACGCCACGGCCGACGCCAAGAAACUCUACGGCCGCAAGCAGCAUUGCCAGCACUACUCCCGGCACCACGGCGGCGGCGCCAUCUUUGCGAUCGCUACAUUUGCUGGCGGGUACUAUAUCGGAUCGUCGUCGAUCGACUCGGGUCGUCGCGACUGGCAACAGGAGCUGCGCGACGACAACCACGAGCUGAAGCGGCGACUUGACGACCUCCAGCGCCUUGCAAUGCGUUCCAACGCUACUGCGAUGGCCGCGACGACCGCGGCUGGCCCGUAGCUAUACCUACACUUUCCGAACGACAAUUGGAAUAAUCAUUGCGUGUCUGAUCCUGACGAGAAC